AUGUCACUAUGCCGGAUCCCCCUUCCCACUAAGAUGUACGCCCUGACGCUGCUGGUUCUACUGCAGGGCUUCGGCUUGGCAUGGCCCAAAAUCAUAGAACCUCUGGGAAUGACGGUCCAUGUGGUUCCACAGGAGUCCACAAGUGGGAAAACAGUCCGGGCCCACUUCACCGCCAUCAUCUCCGGCGAGUGCUCGGACGUGAGUAGUCCGUGUGAUGGUGUGGAUAACUGUGUGGUGGAGGAGAACACAGUGCCGUUCACCGGGACUCUGGCGGGCUCCAGCUGGUGCUCCCAUCACUGGCAACAGACCCUGGACUCGAACUAUGAGGGAACCAUCUCCUUUGGCCCAGGAGCUUCCAGAGAUCUGUUCGUGAAACUGAAGGCGGACCCUGUGGUGCGCGCCAACUCCGGCAAACUCAACCAUCCGGCGUUUGUGGCCCUCCCCCCUCCCCUCAGGGCGCGUGAGAACUGCCCGCACCACUUCCCUCUCGCUGUCCGAGACCUGGACGGGGACAGAGUUCGCUGUCGUUUUGCUCUUGAAGAUCAGGACGAGUGCAACAAGUGUGAUCUGCUCUCAUUUGUGGAACUGGACAGUGAGAAGUGCUCGCUCACAUUUACUGGAGACGCUAAAGCUGGAGAGUACCACGUUUACCUGAUGGCAGAGGACCGGGUCCCCUCUCCCAGCUCCAUGCAGGCCCCCAGUGCUGCCAUGAGUGCGGUCCCUGUGGUCCUGUCCCUGACCGUGGAAGCAGCAGUCCACAGCUGCAGUGUGGAGCCCGUGGCCUCAGAGGAAACCUUAAAGGAGAACUCAGUGAUGGAGAUCUUCCCGUACUCCAUCAAAAACUUCAGUGUGGAAUACGACUCUGCUGCUGAGAGCGUGACAGACAUUGCAGUCAUCGGUCCUCCAGGCCUCUACAGAGUUAGAUUUGCCUCGAUCGGAUCCCUGUCCUCCUUGGACAUAGCCUGGGUGCGCACCGAGAACAAGCUCCCUCUCCUGGUUCCCAUCUGCUUCGUGGCCAACACUGCCAGUUUGCAGUCGGAGCCCAGAUGUGUGUGGCUGUACCAACGAGAAACCCUUUCUCUUCCGACUGGAACUGUGCUGACCUGUGAUAACUCCCAGAUGACCCUGGCCCUGCCCACCAGCGCCCUGACUCAGAUCAGGCUGUCCGACCUGAGGCUGAACGACCCCGACUGUACCCUCAGCUUCAACGACACCUUCCUGUUCGCCACCAUCCCGCUGCUGGGCUGCGGCACUCUGCCUGUGCACUCUGGAGACGAACUGAUCUACACCAACAAAAUCUACACCGACAUCAAGUCCACUCAGGUGAUCCGCCGCUCCAACCGGCUGGUGUUGCCUCUGGCCUGCCGCAUCCCCGGGGUCAAGGCCACAGGUCCCAACUACAAGAACAUGGACACCCCAGAGACCAAGGUGUUCGGUCCGAAGCCCAAAGUGGCUCUGACCUUCCACUUCCCGGGACAAGGGCCUUUGAGCAAGUUCACUAAGAAUCCAAACUUCCGGACAAACACCAGAAGAGUGCGACGAGAGGUGGGAGAUGAGAGCAAAAACGCCACCUCCAACACGACCACAGCCGCCCCAUCGGUCACUGAAGCCGCCACCACGGCCGCCAUCGGGUCUCAGAUCCAACAACUGGACAUGUACGUGUCUUCCAACUCCUCGGCUCCGCGGGUUGAGAUGAUCGUGAACAGCUGCUGGGAGUCGGAAACGGAAGACUUUAAGAAUCCACAUUUGGUCAUGGAGAGCGGGUGCACAGCCACCGCCAGCGUCACAGAAAUCGUCACCAACGUCACAGGGACAAAAGUCUUCCGUAUGAAUUUACCCGGUCUCAACACUGCGGGCACUGUGAUGUACAUGAGGUGCACCGUGAACCUGUGUGUGGCUCUCCUGCCGUCGGGGUCCUGCCCUGACCUGUGCACCACCAAAAUCUCCCGUGCCACGCUGGUCAACAGUGUGUUCAGUAGCUCCUACACAGUCACUUCAGACCCCAUCAGUCUGGUCGUCACCAAAGCUCCACCUACCACUAUCACCACCACCCCCACUACCACCACCCCCACCACCACCACCACCACUGCCCCUACAACCACCACCACUGCCCCUACAACCACCACCACUGCCCCCACCACUGCCAACGCUCCAGAAAAGGCUCCCUCUAUGGCCCUGGGUGUUCUCCUGGCUCUCAUUAUUCUGCAGCCCUUCCUCUGA